AUGGUCGGCUACCCGGAGGCCCUCACAGACCCCUCGUACGCCGCCCAACUCCUCGUCCUCACAUACCCCCUCAUAGGCAACUAUGGCGUCCCAGACAUGAAACUCUGCGACUCGGACGGCAUUCCUUGCCACGCGGAGUCCGACCGCAUCCACCCAGCAGCCCUCAUCGUCGCCGCUUACACACAUAAGUACUCCCAUUGGAAUGCCAAAUGCUCACUUUCCGAUUGGCUAUGCCAGGAGCGAGUACCCGCAAUUACGGGCGUCGAUACGCGCCAUCUCACCAUGGUCAUUCGUGAAGCUGGCACUAUGCUUGCACGCCUCGUCGUGGCGGGCUAUACGGGCGGUCCGGAGAUUCCCCUUGUAGAUCCCAAUUUGCGUAAUCUCGUCGCGGAUGUCUCCACCACAUCUGUGCGCCAAAUCAAAGGCUUGUCGGUCAAACCUGGCGCACCUCGCAUUCUCAUUGUUGACUGCGGCGCGAAGAAUAACCAGCUCCGUGCCUUGCGAGCCAAGGCCGAGUCUCUGGUUGUCGUACCAUGGGAUGCAGACCUGGAGCCGCACGACGCCUGCGACGCCAUCUUCAUUUCCAACGGCCCCGGAGACCCCGCCAUGGUUCCUAAGACAGUCCAGGAGAUCACGAACGCCAUGAAUAGACGCCCGAACCGUCCAGUCUUCGGUAUUUGUCUGGGCCAUCAAUUGCUCGCUCGCGCUGCAGGCUUUGACACGUACAAGCUCAAAUAUGGCAACAGGGGCCACAACCAGCCGUGUGUUGAGCUUGCGACUGGUCGCUGUCACAUCACCUCGCAGAACCAUGGAUUUGCUGUUGAUACGGACUCGAUGGGGGACCAUGCGGACUGGUAUCCUACUUUUGUCAAUGCCAAUGAUGCCACCAAUGAGGGUAUUGCUCACAAGACCUUGCCAUUCUUCUCGGUGCAAUUUCACCCUGAAGCAACUGCUGGUCCGCGAGACACAGAGUAUUUGUUCGAUGUAUUUGUCGAGGCGGCGAGCAAAGCGAAGAAUGGCGAGAAAGUUGGUGGCCUGUUCAACUAUCCUUCGGCGCUGAAGAGAAUUCGCGACCGCGCGGUCAAGGCGAGCUUGUCGGAACCUAACCGGCUAGGACAUGCUAUCGGGAAAGUUAUCGUGCUGGGCUCCGGUGGCCUGUCUAUUGGGCAGGCGGGGGAGUUUGACUACUCUGGCUCGCAAGCAAUUAAGGCUCUGAAGAGCCAGUCUGUGCGCACUGUGCUCAUUAAUCCAAACAUAGCAACCGUGCAGACCUCUCCAGGUCUGGCAGACAAGGUCUAUUAUUUGCCAGUCACACCUGAAAAUGUUUUGAAAGUUGCCGAGAAUGAGAGACCUGAUGGCAUCCUUAUGACGUUUGGCGGGCAAACAGCCCUGAACUGUGGCGUCGAAUUGUACAGAAGUGGUGCGUUAGAUAGGUUGAAUAUUAAGGUUUUGGGAACUCCCGUUGAGGCUAUUCUUGAUACCGAGGAUCGCCAGAGGUUCAAUACUCGUCUUGCACAAAUUGGGGAACCCUUUGCAAAGUCAGAGGCAUGUGAGAACAUUGAAUCGUGCCUAAAAGCUGCCGAGGAUAUUGGAUAUCCUGUCAUUAUUCGGGCAGCAUUUGCCCUUGGAGGGUUGGGAUCUGGCUUUGCUGAUAAUGCCGAGGAGCUUCGGGCCCUUGCAUCACGCGCUUUCACUUCCAGCACACAAGUAUUGGUUGAGCGCUCAAUGCGAGGAUGGAAGGAAGUUGAGUAUGAGGUCGUUCGUGAUGCCUUCGACAAUUGCAUCACUGUGUGCAACAUGGAGAAUUUUGAUCCGUUGGGUAUCCAUACCGGUGAUUCUAUCGUCGUCGCGCCUUCCCAAACACUUAGCGAUGCAGAAUAUCACAUGCUGCGUGAUGCGGCUAUUCGAACAGUGAGACACUUAGGAGUUGUUGGUGAGUGCAACAUUCAAUACGCGCUCAAUCCGGGAAGCAUGCAAUACUGCAUCAUCGAAGUGAAUGCGCGCUUGAGUCGAUCCUCCGCGCUCGCUUCCAAAGCAACUGGAUAUCCACUAGCGUUCGUUGCAGCUCAGCUCGCACUAGGCACGUCGCUUCCAGAUAUACGAAACUCAAUCACAAAAGAAACAUCAGCUUGCUUUGAGCCCUCGUUGGAUUACCUAGUGGUGAAGAUUCCACGAUGGGAUUUGAAGAAGUUUACUCGAGUUAGCCGUUUGCUUGGAAGCUCUAUGAAGUCUGUUGGUGAGGUGAUGUCAAUCGGACGCACUUUUGAAGAAGCAUUGCAAAAAGCUGUGCGAAUGGCUGGCGACAACUAUGUUUCUGGGUUUGAAUCAGGAAUCGUGCCUUACAGUGAAGAAGCCAUGACGAAGCCCACGGACGAUCGCCUUCUUGCGAUUGCUGACGGAUUUGCGAAAGGCGUCACGGUUGAGAAGCUCCAUGACCUAACAAAGAUUGAUAAGUGGUUUUUGAACAAGCUACAUCGCAUCUCUGAGUGCGAAGCCUCCAUGCGAUCGAAAGCAAGCAUAGGAAUUGACGAGCUUGUUCUAGCCAAGGAGCUGGGUUUCAGUGACCGUCACGUUGCGACCCUUAUCGACGACACAGAGCUCGCUGUUCGAAAGUUGCGGGUGGACGGAGAUAUUCGUGCGUGCGUCAAACAGAUUGACACAGUUGCGGCAGAGUUUCCGGCUAAAACAAACUAUUUGUACGUGACGUAUGCCGGCACAAGCGCUUUGACUCGCGCACUUCGACGCCAAGGAGUCUUCUCUCCAAGCAUUGCAUGUCGCGUCUUAAGGAAAGAUGAUGUUCUCUUUAAUGAAAAUGGUACAAUCGUGCUUGGUUGCGGUGCGUACCGGAUUGGGUCUUCUGUAGAGUUCGAUUGUUGCGCAGUAUCAGCUACCAGGACGCUAAAAUCGCAGGGGAUACGGUCGAUAAUGAUUAACUACAACCCUGAGACGGUGAGCACUGAUUACGACGAAUGUGAUCGCUUGUACUUCGAGGAGCUGUCGUUCGAACGUGUUCUGGACAUUUAUGACAUGGAAAGGGCCUCUGGUAUCAUUGUUUCGAUGGGUGGACAGAUAGCGAACAACAUUGCAAUGAAACUACAUAGACAGUCCGCUCGAAUCCUUGGCACGACCCCGGAAAUGAUCGAUAGUGCCGAAAACAGGUACAAGUUCUCACGAAUGUGUGACAAGAUUGGCGUUGAUCAACCUCGAUGGAAGGAACUUUCCUCUAUUCCUGAUGCUAAAGCAUUUUGUAACGAUGUCGGGUACCCCGUUCUUGUUCGACCAUCAUAUGUGCUAUCAGGAGCUGCCAUGAAUGUGGCGCACAAAGCUGAGGACCUUGAAUCCUAUUUGGGCGAGGCUGCCACAGUUUCCCCCGACUGUCCUGUCGUAAUAUCCAAAUUUAUUCUUGAGGCAAAGGAAAUUGAGGUCGAUGCCGUUGCCGACAAGGGAGAGCUUGUUAUGCAUGUGGUGUCGGAACAUGUAGAGAAUGCCGGUGUUCACUCUGGGGAUGCUACUCUCGUAUUACCACCUCAGGACUUAGAUGAGGUUACGGUGAAGAAAGUGGAAGCGGCGACAGCAAAAGUCGCGCAAGCUCUCAACGUUACAGGUCCCAUGAAUAUUCAGUUCAUCGCGAAAGAAAACGAGAUCAAAGUCAUUGAGUGUAACUUGCGUGCUUCCCGAACGUUUCCGUUUAUAUCGAAAACAAUCGGCCUUGAUCUUGCAAAGUUAGCCACAAAAGUCAUGUUGGGUAGGCCGGUGAAGAGGUAUCCGGUUGACGUCAAAUCGAUUCCAUUUGUGGGAGUUAAAGUAGCACUGUUUUCAUUUACGAGAUUACUUGGGGCCGAUCCCAUUCUAGGAGUCGAAAUGGCUUCAACUGGGGAGGUAGCUUGCUACGGGGCAUCGAGAGAAGAAGCCUACAUGAAGGGUCUUAUUGCAACAGGGAAGACCCCUCCGUCAAAAUCUAUUGCAGUCUCCAUUGGGUCAUAUAAGCAGAAGCUUGAAUUUCUUGACUCAGCAAAGCGACUCGUGGCAAUGGGAAUCAAGCUGAUUGCGACGCCUGGAACGGCUGAUUUCUUCCAGGAGCAUGGUGUGAAAACUGAGGUUGCCUUGUGGACGGCAGAGAACGAAUAUACGGAGUCAGAAGUUGAAAACACGGUUGAAAAGAUGCUCCGAGAUGGCCGGAUUGAGUUCUUCAUUAACAUUCCGUCCAACAACAAAAUUCGGCGCCUCGCUUCUUUUGAAUCCCCAGGUUACCUCUGUCGUAGGGCAGCUGUCGAUUUCAACAUUCCACUUCUAACGAACAUCAAGUGCGCGAAGCUGUUUGUGAAAGUAAUGGACUUGAUGCACAACUUGGAGCGUUCCUUGCCGUUAGGUCCGUAUGAUGCGAGGUUUACGGCCAGAGUUAUACCCCUACCAGGUUUAAUAUUGCUCGAUACCGCGGUGGACCACCCCUCCAAACUACGACUGAAUGCGAAAAAGUUGAAGACGUUUGCCUCGGCAACCGGUGAAGCGCUGCGUGGUGGUUUUGCCCUUGCUGGAAUUUCACUACGACCUGAGGGAUGUCAGACACCGGAAGACUACUCACAUGCCCUUAAGGAAGCUCGGGCUCAAGCUUGCUGCGAUUUUUCCCUCUUUGUUACAGCGAGACCCGGGAAUGCAGCCGUCAUUCGUCCGCUGGCCGGACGGGCGGCCGGUUUACGAAUUCAUCCAACAGCUGCCGACUUGAACAAGAGCAAAGGCGUCGACGCCUGGAUGCAACAUUUUGAAGCUUGGCCUAAAGAGGCGCCAGUUAUGGUGCAAGCAUCCGGGAGUACGUUGGCAGCACUUCUUUUUGCAGCAGUCGUAACUGCCCGUCAAGUACAUAUUCGACAAGUGAACAAAAAAGAGGAUAUUGAGCUUAUUCAAGCCAGUAAGGCAAGAGGACUGGGGAUAUCUUGUGAUGUCAAUAUUCUAGAUUUGUACGCGACAGAUGCCAGCAACCGAAUAGAUCGACGCGAUCAGGAGGCUUUGUGGGAGAAUCUGGAAGUCUUAGACGCAAUCACUGGUCCUCCAAGUCUGAUCCUUCCAUUACUACUGGAAUCAGUUUAUUCGGGGCGCAUCGAUAUUGAAUGGGUUCGAUCCCGUCUAUAUGACCGACCUGCCCAGAUCUUGGGUCUAUCAGCAGUUCUAUCUGGCUCAUCUGGAGUAGAAAUUGAUGUCGAUGAAACAUGGGAAGGCGCUGCUGCAUCAGAUGUGGCCGGUAUUCGAUGCCGUGGGUACGUGCGUAGAGUUGUGAACAAUGGCCAGGUCUUGUAUCUUGACGGCAAAAUUUGGGCUCAGCCUGGUUCCGGAAGCAAUGUCAUGACGGAUCAGGUUGGAUUUGCAGGUUCAUUGCAGGACACCCCUGAUGUGAAGACGCCUACUUCUGAAUUUGGUCUAUCUAGACCUCCUCGUUUCGAAACGGUUGGUGGAACCACCAUCGCGGCACCGCGACCAAUCCGAAGCUCUAUUUCUGAGCGCAAGGUUCAGCAGUGGGAUGGCAUUGCGGGUAUUCCGCCUAGGAGUCCCAUGAUAUCACCGAUUCCAACAGAUACAGACUCAAUAGGAGAAUCCACACUGCUAAGUGAGCCAUCCAGACCAAUAGGAACGAGUAUGAACGGGUUCAUCGGUCUACCAAAUGGGGGACUAAAGUCUUCUACAGAGCCAAGUCCCACGCUCGUCAAAGCGCUGCCCGGGUAUGGGAGUGGAUGGUGGGCCGGGCGCCAUAUUCUCUCUGUGGCUCAAUUCACACGUGAUGACCUUCACAAGCUUUUCGAGGUGGCACAGGAAAUGCGAACCAUGGUAUCUCGGGUUGGACAAUACAAUUUGCUCCGAGGAAAGGUGAUGGCUUCACUCUUUUAUGAGCCCUCAACGCGCACGUCGUGCUCGUUCCAGGCUGCGAUGCAACGACUAGGAGGAACGGUCCUGAAUGUGCAGGACACUGGCUCAUCAUCCAUUUCGAAAGGUGAAUCAGUUGCAGACACUGUUCGGACUCUAGACUGUUAUACUGACAUCAUCGUGAUGCGGCAUCCAGCCGUUGGUGCACCACAAGAAGCAGCAUCUUUCUCCAAGCACCCGGUAAUCAACGCUGGAGAUGGAGUCGGGGAACAUCCAACGCAAGCCCUACUGGAUGUGUUCACUAUCCGGGAGGAAUUGGGAACAGUGAAUGGUAUCACAGUGACAUUUGUUGGAGACCUAAAACAUGGAAGGACAGUGCAUUCAUUAGCACGCGUACUCGCUAUGUAUAACGUGAGAAUGCGAUAUGUUUCUCCCGACGCGCUUAGCAUGCCAUCAGCACUGCUAGCGGAUCUCGCUGGUGCUGGUGUGGAACAACAGGAGUAUCGUAAUCUGAACGAUGAAAUCAUGCGCGAGACGGACGUUUUGUAUGUAACGCGGGUUCAGAGGGAAAGGUUUUCAAGCCCUGAAGAGUUUGAAAGAGUGAGGGAUUGUUACACGAUUACACCGAAGACGUUGUACCGGGCCAAGGAGCAAAUGAUUGUGAUGCACCCGCUUCCGAGGAAUGGGGAAAUCUCGACAAGCGUGGAUACCGAUCCCCGGGCAGUAUACUUCCGACAAAUGGAGCACGGAAUGUAUGUCAGAAUGGCACUCCUUGCCAUGGUACUGGGGAAGAACUAAAAGUGGCACAUUAGUAGUGUGACAUUCUUCUUUUGAUGAUUCUUCUCAAGGAAUACACGAAUCUUCUGUCCCUGUCGCCUAUCAGAUGUGGCGCAUAUGCAGCUUUUUUUUUCAUGUACAGUAAAAGUUGUAAUGUACU